AUGGCCUGCUUGCACCGAGAAGGUGUCAAAUUAAAGUCAUCCCAUGAUAUGAGUGGUCUUGGUGUUAUUAUUUUCAAGGACACUGACGAAUUCGACCUUAGUGGGAAGUGUAAUGCGCUCAUUCUUUUGGCCGAUGUCAUCGAAAAUCACGAAAUAGUCGCUGAUAAUGCACCAAGCAUGAUAUUUGAAUGCAUUCUGCCACAGCUAAGCGUUGGGAACCAAACUCUCCAGGGAAGUGCAGCCUACUGUCUUGGCGUUCUCUUGAGGCAUAUGGAUUGUUUGGACUACGUUUCUGUUUCAUACUGCUGUGAUAUUCUGCUGGAUUUUCUAUGUGACCCUCAUGACGAUGUUACAAUCUCUGAGAAUGCAUUUGGUAAACUGAUUGAAUUCAAAUUGCAGUGUCUAGAGUGCAUUCGUUUGGUUUUAAAGUUUCCUGAGUCACUAAACUGUAUCAUCACGAACCCUAAGUUCCCAAUAGUGCUUCGUCUCUUUCUCAGUUCACACAAAUCUAGUCUUCGUUGUGCUGCACUUUCCUUUCUUGUGAUGCUCCUAUCUGAUGAGCAAAAUGAGAAUAUCACUCUCUAUUUACACGAAGUGGGCAUUUUAGAAUUCGUUUACGAUUGCCUUUCAAGCGAGCUGGAUAUUGCCAAGAAUGCGUUGACUCUUUUGAAGUUUGUGGCAAGUUCUACCUGUUUAAUGUCAAAAAAUGCGAUAUCCUACGAAAAAAUACUUGGGGCUAAGGUUGAUAAAAAAGAUGAGCCGGUCUAUCGGAAGACAUCUAUGGCAGUUCUUGAGCGCAUAUUCAGGAUGUAUACUGGGUCUGUUGACCUGUUUUGCAGUCUAAGCACUAUCGAGAACUUCUUUGUUUUGAUCUACACAGAGCUUAAUGAUCUGGAUUCGAGUUUUAAUGAAACUUCAAGAUCGAAACAGCUCUUCCGACCCUUUCCUCUUCAGCUAUUUACGGACUGCGUGAUAGCCUAUGGAGAUCGUCUUAAUCAAUCAAUGUGCCAGCUGAAAUCAGUCAUGGGAAACAUUCCUGACAUUGCUCCAUUUUCUGGUGUUAAUUUGAAUGAAACACAAAGAAAAAUUGAAAAUGAUGUGUCGAAAUCGUUGACAAUUGCGAUUAGUGUACAAAUCCACCUUGGAAAAGCUCCAGCUGAAAUUUUGCAGGGGAUGCUCGUUCUUACAAGAAGAGUGUUGAAAAAGGGCUUUCCACACUCAGAAAUGAUCGAGUGUGGUGCUACGUGUUGGAGUAAAGCUACCUCGUAUUCACACGCUCUCAUUGAUACUAACAUUCGCACGGUCUUCAAGAUAACUAUUCCCUUGAUCAUUGACACUAUGUUACGUGCCAAAAAUUCCGCCAAUUUACUUGGGAAACAGGACCAUGUUAGCAUAGGUGAUGAAACGAUAAGUGCUCUUUUAGAUCCGUUUGAUUCAAAAACAUUUUUGCUCAAUUUGGCGCAACUUACUGCCUACGUGAUUGCGACUGGAUGCCUCAGUUUUUCGGAUGAUGCAUUGGAAAUUGCAGACCAUUCGUUUUACCCAGAAUGCGAGAGAUUCUGGGGCUUGGUUCUUGGUGGCAUCUCCCGAGUACCAGGAGGUAGUGUCGAAACCGUUGCCCUACUCCUUGAUCAUCUAUGCUGCCAAACAAUCGAGGACUCAGAAUCGGAUGCCGGAAAAGUGUUACCGGCAGCUGUGAUAGUCGCCACCUCAUUAGUUCAUUGCACUGAGUUUUCGAUCGCCGAAUGUAAAAGCUUAGAAAUCCAGGAGAGGAUUACCAAUCUACUUUCCGGUCUCUACAAGUGCAUUCUGCGAGCUGUCUCGUGUUUGCUUAUUGAAACACUUCUCUAUCGAAUAUCUGUCAUGCAAACAUCUCUACUGCUUGGAAUUCAAGGCUUUUCCGAGCUUCUACUUUUGGGAGAGCCGGCUUGGACCGCCUUGGCUCAAAAGAUAACAUAUCAUUGUCACUCACAUGAGCAGCUAGCAAGCCUGGACUUAAUAUGGAGGCUUCCAGUGAAUUACGAGUUUCUUUCACUAAUUUGGUCCGUUUGGUUUCCAUUGCUUCACGACCUUGGGCAACAGAACGUGGUUCGACGGCUUAGUGAAACCUUCGAGAAUGGUUAUAAGUCAAUUAAGCGUUCAAGAGCGGCCUUGGAUGAGGGAGCAGCCUCUGAGGGAUCGGAGGAAUUAUCGCAUUCUAUUGGAACUGAACGACUGGCGUUAUUUGUGGCGGAACAGUUGUUAACUCUUCCCACUAAAUUGGAGGUCCCAGCCAGUACCCUAUUCUUCCAGUCAGAUGCUUUUCGGGUAAAUUUCCUUCGUAUGCUGACUCUUGUCGUGCGUUUGGACAAUUUGUUCCUCAACCGUACCUGUCUCAACCGAUUUGUUGAAAUAGUAUUCACAGCGCAUUGCAUUUUAGUCGUUUCUCUCCUGACGGAUUCAAGAUGUGAAGCUUCUGGAAAUCUCCUUCAUUUGUUGAAGAUUCUUAACACCUGUCUCUUGAUGGCAGAUGAAAUCGCUCUAAGUCAAGUCACUCCCCACAUCGUUGAGCGAGUUAGUGCCAUCAAAGCCUCCUGGAUGUACGCACAGCGUUCGAUCGUGAAAACCUCAAGUUGCCUUCUAUUGGAGGAAGUUUGUGUGCUUGGCACGUUGCUAAUGUUUGGGGAGGGUCCCAGUGGGCUCUACAUGAAUAUCACCCCAUUCAGAACAAAGGAUAAAGAAGAAGUUUAUUGUCCCAUUUUCACCAUCCCCGACGUCCUUCUGCGUGCAAUCAGAGGCGAAACUCCAGCAAUGGUGUCGCAUCGCGCCUGCUGUUCAGCGGCUCUCUUGCUGUUACACGCACCCAGGGGUCUGCAGAUGGGACCUUGGCCGUCGCAUGAGGAAUCUCCGAACUGCAGUUUUUACCUUCAGUUGCUGACAGCGCUUUAUUCCAACCUGAUGGACGCUACCCUAAAGCCAUUUCGUAUCAUUAUAUCGUCCCUGUUUGGGCGAACAUUGAAUCAGGGGAGUGAGGAGAUGAUCCACGCGAACGCUCCAAAAGAAGGUCCCCUUUUUGGAGACUCCGUUUGGAAUAGUAUCAUUAUUGAAAACUUUCAACUGGAAGAAUUUGAUGAUGAGAGCCUCCCCUGUUCACCGUUCCUUUUGGCCUUUUUGGCUGAACUUUUGGGAAACACCUUCGGACUGGUGGUUACAGGUGUGGAUGAAAAACUUCUUCAGGAGAUCGUCGUUUUCUACGCUCAACAGCCCGUCAGUCCGGUCCCUCCAGGAAGCCCAUACGCGUACUUACAAAGGGUUAUGGAUAAUGCAAGUUGCUUUGUACUAACUACAGCAAUUCAAAAGUCUUUUGUAAAUGUUAUGGCAAUUAGUAUGAAAGACGUAUGA